AAGCUCUUGAUAAUCUUGUACCUAACACCACCCACCACAAUACCGCCACAAUGGUUGCGAAAACGAAAAGCAAGCUUAAGAUGGCUUUGGCCGCAGACAAGGGAGUCGAUUUUGGCAAGCAACAUUUGAAAAAGAAGCAAAAGCUUGCGAACAAACUGAAUAAAGAAAAGUCGUCCAAAAAAGGCGGGGAGAAAGCAGCCGAGGAGGAUUGGGAGGACGUUGAGGAAGAAAAGGAGGAUGAUGAGGCUGAAUUGAGUGAAGAGGAGAGUGGGAGUGAUGAGGAGACAGAGGCACCUAUGAAGAUCGACUUUGCCGGUAUCGAUGAGAGCGACAGUGACUCUUCAGCGGGCGAGAACGAUCAGAACGACGAGGAUUCGGACGAGGAGGACGACGAAGAUAUCCCAAUGUCAGACCUUCAGGACUUGGAAGACGAGGAGAAGGAAGACCUCAUCCCCCACCAACGCCUUACAAUCAACAACACAGUCGCCCUCACGGCCGCCUUAAAACGAAUUGCCUUACCAAUCUCGAAGCUUCCCUUUUCGGAACACCAAUCUGUGACGACUUCGGCGCCUGUCGAGAUUGUAGACGUGUCGGAUGAUCUGAAUCGUGAACUUGCCUUUUAUGCGCAAUCACUGUCUGCGGUACAAGAAGCCCGCAAGCAGUUGAAAUCAGAGGGGGUACCCUUUACCAGACCCACGGAUUACUUCGCGGAGAUGGUCAAGGCAGAUGAACAUAUGGCAAAGAUCAAGGCGAAAUUGAUUGAUGAGGCUGCCGGAAAGAAAGCAAGCGCAGAGGCGAGGAAGCAGAGAGACUUGAAGAAGUUUGGCAAGCAGGUACAGGUUGCGAAGCUGCAAGAGCGUGAUAAAGAGCGAAAGCAAACUUUGGAUAAUAUCAAGACUCUCAAAAGAAAGCGUCAAGGUGCGGAUACAGACGCUACGAACGAAGCUGAAAUGUUCGAUGUUGGUGUUGAGGAAGAACUUGGUAAGACAUCGAGGAAAGACCGACAAGGGCCCAACAAACGUGCAAAGAAGGACGAGAAAUACGGCCAUGGCGGCAAGAAGCGAUUCAAGAAGAGUGGUGAUGCACAGAGCACUGGUGACUUGCGAGGGUUCUCCAGUAAGAAAAUGAAGGGCGUUGUCAAGCAGAGGCCUGGAAAGGCUAGGAGAGCUGGAAAGAGAUAGAGUCGCAGUACAUCAGCUGUGCGGAACACAAAUGGGAAGGAUAAUGUGGCGUUCCGGUUGUCUUGCGGGCGGCCGCUGUCAUCGGCCUUGUGCAGUGUGCGUUGGGUGUAGAUAUACCAUGCACAUUUGUUCAUGACUGUUCAAGGCUUUUAUCAGUCAAUGUGUGAUAGAGACGAUCCAUGUAGGUUACUGCCCUGCAUCGGACGCUUUUCUGGACUCAGUUUAUUUUCUCUAUUUGAAUGAUUUCUCGAUCAGCAAUAUUUUCGUGGUUCUAUUCCAGUUCCGUAAGUGCGGACGACGUUAUAUCGUUUUGUGCCGUGGUUGUGGGCUGUUGCACAGUGUUCCAGCACUAAGCAGAUUUAUUUGCUGCAAUUAGUUUAUAUACGUUCUGCGAUAAGCCUAUUGCGAGUCUCUCGUGUACAAAUGUCGCGACCAGAGGCAAAAGAUCAUUUGUUCAAGCUAUUGUUGAUUCUGAAUUGAAUGUGGUUGAAGUGCAGUGCAGUCAUUUAUGUACAUUUAUAUCUCUCACCAUCCACACUCAGCACCACUACGUUAUCUUUGCCUCGGCUGUGCUCACAGGAGCGUAUCAUAUGUGUAGCAGAAGGUAUCUCCCUGAGCAUUCAAAGCCUCUUUGAGCGUGAUCGCUGGAGCAAUAGGCGACAAGUUGAUCGUGAAGUCAAGGGUGACAUUAUCUCCGCUAUAGUCGAAUGGGAUAAUCGGACCACCAACCUCAUUCAAGCGCUGCUCGAGGUCAAUGUUCUGCCACUCAGUGAGUACACGAUCGAGGUUGACAUGGUGCAAGUAGAACAAUGGGUCUCCUGGAGAGUUAUACGCAUUUCCAAUCGUCCCUAAGACGCCACCAACACCAAAAUGUCCACUUCCAUGAAUGUUAGGGAUGGAGAAGAUGGGCUCGUUUUCGAUCUGCUUAGCAAAUGCAGUGUAGUCAGGCUGAGCCAUCACAACGUCAACAUUUUCUUGGGCGGCAAAGGUGUUCAUAAUUGUAGGGAUGAAGUCUCUUGUCAAGCACGUUGCAGGACCGGGGUAGUUGAUUUGGAAAGCUGGGUAUGCGAAUGGCCCAUCAGUCACACAUCCGCCGCCGGUCCUCCCAGUGAGCCCGAAUGGGUUCUGUUCGGGAGUGGUAUCCUUGAUGUAGCGCCCGUUGCCGUCGAAUCCAACUGUGGGACUAAAAAUGUCAGUUUCAAAAAUAGCAGUGCUGUUUGGGUCGACAGUAUCUGCAUCUCGUGCCCAGUCCCAGUAACUAAUCGAGUCAACUCAUGUGUAUUUGGUCACGGAAAUCUGGGGGCCACUUACGGUUGGCCACCUGUGUAUCCGCAU